AUGGUUUGUGAUCCUGAAACAAAUUAUUCAUGUUUACAACUUGUAUGGGCAUCAAAAGCUAAUUGUGAUCAACGACGAGGUCGAGCUGGUCGUGUUGUACAUGGAAAAUGUUAUUGUCUUGUUAAAUCUAUGUUAGUUCUUGCAUUAGAACCACCAAAUAUUAAUGAUAUUGAAGUGACAGUUCUUAAAUUAAAAGAAAUACAUAUGUUUUGUGCUGAACGUGUACAAGAAAAUGAUCUUAGACUUACACAAAAAGCAUAUGAUAGUGGUGCGAUAUUAACAACUGUUGGAAAUCUUAAGGAACAAUCUCAAUAA